AUGGAGAAAAGGAUUGGAAUAGUUGAAGCAGGAGUUAGUGGGUUAUUAGCUUGCAAAUAUGUUCUUGAAGAAGGGUUUCAACCCAUUGUUUUUGAAUCUCAAUCUGGUCUUGGUGGAGUUUGGACUCACACAAUUGAAACAACAAAACUUCAAACACCUAGACAAGGUUAUCAAUUCUCUGAUUUUCCAUGGCCUUCUUCUGUAAAAGAAGACUACCCAGAUCAUAAUCAAGUAAUGGAGUAUCUAGAAUCUUAUGCUCUUCAUUUCAAUCUACUUCCGUACAUCAAAUUCAACACCAAAGUUAUAAACAUUGACUUAGUGAUACAAGAAAGUCAAGAUAUGCUUUCAUGGAGUCACUGCUGGGGUGGUGCAGAUCAGGCUUUCAGUAAAGGUAAAUGGGAAAUUACCACUGCCACUGUUGCUGCUGGAGAUGAUCUAGUAUAUGAUGUAGAAUUUGUGAUUCUUUGCGUUGGACGGCUUAGUGGGGUUCCAAACAUUCCUGAUUUCCCACCAAAUAGAGGUCCAGAUGCUUUCAAUAGAGGCAAAGUUAUACAUUCUAUGGAUUACUCUGCCAUGGAUGAUUGUGAUGCUGCAGAGUUCAUCAAAAGGAAACGCGUUACGGUUGUUGGAUCUCUGAAGUCAGCUUUAGAUAUUGCUAAUGAAUGCGCCAUUGCCAAUGGCGUGGAAAAUCCUUGUACGUUGAUAUACAAAACCAAGCAUUGGUACCUACCUGAUAAUCAUCCAUGGGGUGUCUCUCUCGGUUCGCUAUACUUGAAUCGUUUUGCUGAGCUUAUGGUUCAUAAACCUGGUGAAGGGCUAAUGCUUGGUCUCUUAGCUACCUUUCUCUUCUGGUAAUAAAACUACUGACUAAGAUGGGCAGCUUCAAAGUUUGUGGAGAGCUAUAUCAAAUCAAAAUUUCCCCUAAAGAAACACGAUAUGGUACCAGAACAUAGUUUCUCACGGGAACUAUCUUCUUGCUUGGUCUCAAGGGUGCCCGAACAUUUUUACGAUAGAGUGGAAGAAGGAAGCAUCAUCUUGAAGAAGUCAAAUGGGUUCAGCUUUUCGAAAGAUGGGUUGGUAUUUGGCGAUGAUGCAGAGGCACUUCUAGAAACUGAUGCAGUGAUCCUUGCUACUGGUUAUAAGGGUGACGAAAAUCUGAAAAAUAUCUUCAAGUCACCAAUAUUCCAAAGAUGCAUUAUGGGCUCCUCAAACUCCACAGUUCCGUUAUACAGAGGGUGCAUUCAUCCGCGAAUUCCACAGUUGGCCGUAAUUGGGUAUCCCGAAAGUGGCUCGAAUCUGUAUACAUCGGAAAUGAUGUGCCGGUGGUUAGCACAUUUUCUUGACGAUGGAUUCAAGUUGCCGAGUACGAUAGAGAUGGAAGAGGAUGUGCUGGAAUGGGAAAAAUACAUGAAACGGUAUUCUGGUGAGUACUAUCGCAGAUCUUGUAUUGCUGUACUGCAUAUUUGGUACAACGAUCAGCUGUGCAAGGAUAUGGGUUGUAAUCCUAAGAGAAAGAAGGGAUUUUAUGCAGAAUUAUUCCAAUCUUACGGGACAAUGGACUAUGCAAAUGUCAUUUCUAUGAAAAGUUGAGGGGUUAGUUAAGCUUGUACACGGCCUACGUUUCCCGACGAUUUUAGACCUUUUAGUGUGGAGAGUGUUCUAAGAGUUUUGUGAGCCCAAAUUAGCUUGAAGACCACAAUUUCCCUCUUACAGUACGUCAUCAACGGAAUACAUACAUUGCAAAAAAUUUGAGAAAAAGAAAUGGACACUAAUAACACACAAACGGCUCUGUUAGUUAUGACGGUUAUCUUGGUUUUCCGUUAUCUUUAACUGUAACUGUUUUAUGUGUCCGUACAUUACAGCUGUGUAUUGCUGUCACUUUGAUCAUGUCUGUUUAUAUAACGACCUCUGAACUCUUUGUCUGGUAGAACUAUUCUUUGAUUAAUAAUAUCUCUAACUCUAUUUCUUUAUGGUAUCAGAGGGAAAACAUUAGGUUUUCCUUCUCGAUCCAAGCUUCCGCUCUUUUCAAUAAAUCUGUGAAGAAAAUUUCGGUCACAAUUUGCUUUUUCAUAGCUUUAUUAGUGUUUCGUUCAUCUGAAUCUUCUUCUUCUCCGGCUACGGUUGUUCAUGAUUCAAACUUUUACAGAUUCAGAUCCAUCUACAAUGUCAAAUUCUUCAGAUAUUACUUCAAUACCAAUUCAUCAACUUGCCAAUCUCAUUCAAUUAAAGCUACGUGAUGAUAAUUUCAUCACUUGGAAAGCAUUGUUAAUGCAUGUGAUUCGUAAAUUUCAGAUUCUCUCUUUUCUUGAUGGCACAAAUGUUUGUCCUGCA